UGAAACUAUACCGCGAUGUACAAAUACUGUAGCGCUAUCUAGUAGCCGAAACAAUAACCAUUAUUUCUUAACAGGGGGUGUAAAUGUAAGGUCACCGCUACUUCAGCAACAGCACCAACAGUACGACGAGCAGUUACGUGACAUUGCGGCUUCACUCACCCGGCCACGUUCAAGGCGUGCGUUGCCACCUACUUUGGAGCGACCUACCCGCUUGCCGCCACCAGACCGACUCCCAGCUCGAGGAACUCCAGACGGCGGUAUACCACCAGAAGAAGGUAGCUCUAGCUCUUCGAGCGAAGGCAGCGAGCCCACUGAAGUAGAAGUUGCAGAGGGUGGCGAAGGUGGCAGAGUAGAGCUACCAGCUGAACGAUUACUACACGCGCGUGCUGGUUGGCUCCAACGCAGGGGGGCCGCGGGCUGGUCCAGACAUUGGUUCGUGCUGCGAGGCGCCGCUCUCCUUUACUUCAGGGAUCCACAUGCAGAACACAGAGGCCUUAUGGAUGGAGUUAUAGACCUCAGUGGUGUUGCCAGAGUAGCCGAACUACCGACCUCUGCUUCGACCAAUGGAUACGCCUUCGAAACAAAGACUUGGGACGGAAAACACAUAGUUUUGUCUGCGGUAACUGCAGGCAUCAGAGCGAACUGGGUAUCGGCUAUCCAAAGAACAGCGGGUCUUCCGGACUCUGGUCCUCUGACGUUGAUACUCCGAGAGGAUAAUGUAGAUCGAACAUCAGAGUCGUCGACAUCGCCGGUCACGCCGGUUACACCAGUCACCGGAAGGUCGGCUCCCUUCUCAUCGGACGAGGAGUACAGAACCGCAUCAGAGGGAGGGAGGAGAGACAGCGCAGACUGGGGCGACGUGGUGCCGCAACCUCCUCCGUCACCUAUUCUGAACCGCACGCCUAUAUCCAAAGUUAAGGACAAAGUACGCGCCCGAAGUUGUCAUCAAGCGAGAAUCGAUAGCCCUAAAGAGGAAAAGGAUGAAAUCGAUGCCAAAGAAAAAGAAAUACACGAAGUUGACGAAAACGAAAAACCCACUGAAGCUCGUAAACGCAGUUACGUGUCCACUAUAGAUAAGCAAUCGAUCGAAAUCGAAGGUCUGCGUAAACAGUUAAAGUUGGCACUGAGUGAUGUUAACUCGGCAGAAUCAGAACUGGCCAGACUACGAAAACUUAAAUCGGAGGCGGCUUUCAGAGAACAAAAAAUGGAGGAAUUAGUGACUACCCUACAAAAGAAAGAAGAGGAACUAAUAGCGAGAACAAAGGAAGCAGAAAGUUUGGACACUAUAAAGCGACUCUACAGUCAAGAUAAAUCUAUGUGGGAGAAUAAGUUAACUGAAACUCAGAACUUUUUGAAAGAGUCCACCGAGCACUGUGAGCUGUUGACGAGACAGCUGACAUCUGCGCAGGAUACGAUAAAACAGCUCCAGAGAGAUCUAAACGAACUGAACGAGAAACUUCUCAAAAGUGUUAAAGAAAACGAAAACCUAUAUUCCAGAAUAAGAGAUCUAGAGGGAAGAGUAGCUACAGAGUCCCCGUCUAGAGAAAAAAGGAAAAGCAUCGGCUCCCUUAGCGACCUCGCGAACAUUAACCACGAUUUAAAUUUAGAUACAUUAGAAAAGAGCAGACUGAUAGAAGAAUAUGUAGAAUUAAGAGAUAGGUUUUCAAAAGCUAUUCAAGAAAUAAAGACUAUGAAAAAGGAACUCCGCGAGUCACAUAACAUGUACGACGAACUCGAAAUAACAAAUAUGAAGUUAAGAAAUGAAAUGAAGCUGAGGGAACAGUGCAGUAGAUCCGAAAUAGAUUUAAUGGCAGCGCGAAUCUUAGACUUGACACAAAAGCUCACCGCCUCCGACAAGCAAGUCAGAACGUUGAAACAUAAAAUACAAAAGUCUGAAUCUAGAGAAAAGAGACGCAGUUUGUCGCUAAAAGGGAGGGAAGCUUUGACGUUGGGGAAAGAGGUCGAAGAAAAAUUAACUGAGUUAGAAAAUAAGAUUACACUAUUGGAAACCGGCGAAACGGUUCCCACUAUAAAUUCGCCAUCUAAAAGUGCGUCUCCUGCCAAAGAAAAAGCCUCCAAAUCGGACAGCCUCAGCGACGAAAAGCGUUUAAAAAGGUUGGCCGCGCGACUCCGAAGAAAAUCCCUCGACAGCGCGACGAGCUCCGAACCGAUGAAGAUGCUCGUUCGACUCAGCUCUUUGGAGACGAAAGUCGCCUCCGCUCUCGAAAACCGCCGCGACCUCACCAACUCCUGCGAAUCUCUCAGUCAAGCGACGAGAUCCACUGACAGCCCGAUCUUCAACGAAACUCCCGAGAGUUCGACGGUCGGCACGCAAUCCCAGAGGCAUCUCCUUGAUAGGCUGCAGAGCCUCGAGAGCGUCGUCAUCCAUUCGAGAAACAAGGUCAACGAGUGCCUCUGCCAGAUGAGCGCGAUGCGCGCCGCGAAAUCUAGAAGAUCGCCGUCCCCCAGUCUCGAGAAAAAGUACAGCAUCAGAUCGAUGGAGAAGUGUCUCACCGAAGUCAGCAGGCGACUCCAGGAGUGCUUCGACCGCUGCAUCGUCAGCGGCGAAAGAACCGACCCGGGCGAGCCGGAGAUCGACGACGGAGUCGCGCGAGUGGUAGCGCAGCUCGAGGAGCGACUGCGGACGAAGCUGCUCGAGAUCUCGAGAAGAAAGGCGGCGCUGCACGAGGCCGGCGAGCUGACGCAGCGGCGCAGCCUCGAGCUGCUCGCGGAGAAGCUCGCGUACGAGGCGGUGCUCGUCGGCAAGAUCCACGAGGCGCUCGACGCGGCCGACGGCGGGGCGUUCUUCGCGCGGCUCGUGCGCUCCGAGAUCGCCGAGACCGACCGCCUCAUCGACGACCUGCGGCGGAGGAUCGACGGCGAGAGCGCGCGCGGCUCGUUCGCGACGCGGAGCUCGCUCGACUACCUCGCGAGGAUUCUGUCGAGGCGCGUCGACCUCGCCGAGGGCGCGCGGGACGCGAGGCCGAGACGCGCCGCGCUCGCGAUCCACGGAGCCGACCUCGAGGCGCUCCGGACGGCGCAGCGCGAGAUCGGAGAGGCGGUCGACCGGUACAAGAGCGAGAGGCUCGCGGAGCUGCGCGCCACGCUGGCGGCCGGCGGCGAGGAAGCGGAAACGGAAGCGAGGCGGCGCUGCGGCGAGACGUGGGCGGCCGCCCACGAGGCGCUCGGGGCGGAGCUCGUGCGGGCGGAGGUGACACGGGCGCUGGCGCGGGCCGCCGCGUCCUGCGAGCGGAGGCUGGACGACGCCAGGGACUCGCACCUCACGCUCACCGCGCAGGACCGCGCCGACUGCGAGCUGUGGUGGAGCGCCGCGCACGACCGGCUGCGCGCGGAGAUGGAGGACGUCGCGCGGCAGCUGACGGCGGCGGGCGGGGACGGGGGCGGGGCCGGGGGGCGGCGCGAGGGCUCGCCGGGGCCGGGCGCGGCGCAGGGGCUGGCGGAGGUGGUGGCGCUGCGGGCGCUGGUGGACGCGCGCGUGGCGGUGCUGGAGGGCACGUACCGCGCCGCCGGACCCACGGACGAGGACCCCCGCCGCGCCACCGAGGACGCCAUCUCCUCGCUGGAGGGGGAUCCCGCCGAGGAGGCGGAGUUCGUGUACCUGUUCCAGCGCUUCUCGAACGAGUGCCGAGCGCUCUUCUCCAGUGACUGUUCGGGCAACAGUGAAGACUCGAUGAAGAUCGGCGAGAGCCUCGAGCGGGUGGAGGCGGCGGUGGCGACGGUCGCGCGGCAGCUGGCCGGGACCGAGGAGGAGGGGGAGGGCGGGGGCGGGGAUGGGGAGGGGGAGCGGCGGACGGUGCUGGAGCGCGUGGAGGCGCUGCGGCGGCGCGUCGAAGCUCUGCAAGCGCUGGUGCCCUGCCAGCACUGUAAGCAGCUCCAAGACGCGCUAGACAGGCUGCAGACGGAGCGCGCGCGCGGCGAGUGCGCGUUGGCCCAGCAGGCCGGCGCGCUGGCGGCGGCGCGGCGCGCGCGGGCCGUGCUGCAGGCGCAGCACGAGCGCGAGCGGGCGGCGCUGCGCGAGCGCGCGCGGGGGCUGCAGCGCCGCCUCGCCGCGCUCGACUCCGAGUACGCGGCGCAGCUGGACAACCUGCGCGCCGCCUACCAGAGCGCAGUGGCGGCGGACACGCACGGCGACGGGCUGCGCGCGCGCUACCAGCAGGAGAUCGAGCAGCUGCGCGCGCUGUGCGAGAAGGGGCUGCUGGCCAUGGAGAGCUCGCACCGCCGCGUCGUGCGCGAGAUGGAGGAGAAGCACCGCGCCGAGCGGGACCAACUCAGGUUGGACAAGGAGCAAGCAUUAGCGGAAGAAACUCGGGCUACUCUGGCAGCGUUGGAUGCGAUGCGUAAAGCGCACGAGAACGAGGUCCGGCGAGAAGUCGACAAGUUUAAAGCGGAGUUCCUCAGUCGCGGGGCCUCACAGGACCUCUCGCAGCUCAGUACCAGGCACCAACAAGAGAUGGAAGAGAUAAAACGCGAGAUCCUGUCCCUGUCGGAGAAGUACUCGGUGAAGUGCGUGGAGUCCGCGGCGCUGGAGGAGCGGCUGGCGGCCGCCACGCAGCAGCUGGCGCACGCGCGCAACCACAUCAUGCAGCUCGACGCCAGAAAUAAACAACUCCGUGCUCACAUAAUAUCGGAAGCGAACGAAAUGAAGAACGGCGAGGCGUCCUCCCUCGGGCAACUCAUAGAGGAAACUGCUCCGGGGAAAUCGUCACGAGCGAGUCCCCUACUGGAGGCGGCGAGGCCGGCGAGGCCCGCCAAGAUUCAAUUCGCGAAGACAGAGAGCACAAGAAACCUGCAGCUUUCACCCGUCCAGAACUAAAAGCGACACAGCGUUGUUCAGUGAGCGGGCGCGCGGCGGCACCGCUGGUAGGGAUGGUCGCCGAGCGAAAAAAGCGCUUCGAGCUGUGACCUGCAGCGGUACAGUAGAAGUAUACAGCGCUGCAGCGGCACAACGAUGUCAAGAUGCAGCGAUGAAGCGGCUGAACGCCGCCGGAGCCCGCAAGUUGCCAAAGUGUACGAGUAGUGCGUCCUACAUAUAUCACGCUCGCACCUGGCCACUUAGCUUGACUAUACCCGCCCUUGAAAUGUUUAUUAUAUAUAAUCAGAUAUAUUUAACUACUACAUCGUAUUAACAUGACAUUAUUGUACACGUCCAUAAAGUAUACAUGACACCGCAUACGUGGUAUGUGACCACGAAUCGUUAUUUAGUAUUAAGCUGUGUUCAGAUAUUGAAUUAGGCAACCCGUUCGAUUACCUUUGACGAAUUGACAUUUGCGGUUUUAUAUUAUUGGAUCGUUUUCCAUCCGAAAAUAUUAUAUUUUAUGUAAUAUUUAAAUGUUUGUAGGUUGUAAGGCGAUGUCACAAAAUGUGUAACUAACUUUAUAGGUGAUUAGAGAACGCGGUUAGAGUAGUUCGCGAUUAUAUUGUUAAACUAUUUUUUUUUAUUAUUUAUAAGCGUUCAGUAACAUGAGUUUGUCUUAAAUUAUUGUUAUCGAAGUACUGACUCCUUAAUUGUAUGUUUUAGUGUUUAUAAGUUACGUUCUUAAGACCAAAAACAUGAUAUUUCCCUAUAAGAAGAAGUGGCCAGAUUGUUUUCCCACCCACAAAUUGUAAAUAACGUUAUGCAUUGUUUUUACUGUGUAAUUUUAAUUAACUAUAGUUUGUACAUUACUUUCGUUCUAUUUAAAAGUCUAUUCUUUCUUUUAUUUAAGCACUUUCGCUAAUUUCCUAAGUUAGUUAUAGUGAGUUGGUUAGUGAUGUUAAUGUGUACUUGUAAAUUUUUUUUGUUUAAUAGUGUAAAUACUAACGGUUCUUACGGCUUUCGUGACCAUUUUUCUAGUGUACCGUAUUUCGUUUUAAUCUUUAAGGAAUCGUUACCAAAUAUUUUUCAUAUUUAUGACGUAUCACAUACACUGUGGGUGUAUCGGACGCGUCGUCGGUACUCGCUUAGCGCCGACAUUUGUCAACGUACUAUAGGGUAAUUGACAAUAUCGAAAAUAAGUUGCUUUAUGUUGUGGUCAUCCUGUUAGAUAAUAAUCUAAUCAAAAUUAU